UUCGGAACCGCCACCACAAGGGUUACUUUACUACUCCCAUCUUUGGACUACCUACGUUCACCCUUCUUCCAACCUGUCCUCAUCACCUCCCCACUCAUCUUCAUACUCUCUCUCGCCCACACUGACGAGAGCAAGACCUUAUGGACGCCAUCAAAUCUCUCGUUCAACCCCUCGUAGGAGGCGCAGGCGGCUCGGGGGUGAUUGACGGCAUGAAGCUCGUUAUGCUUGGUGGAACUGUCGAGACAGCUAGGAGAGUAUCUAGCUCUGCUUGGUCUCAUUUCGUCAACUCAUUCUUCCUAACCGCCCACUUUUCCGAGGAAGAUUACCCAUACGACUGGUUAAUGCUAUGGCUCUCCCGCCGACCCGAAUGGCAACGUUCUCGCGAAUUCGAGACGACCACACGGUCUACCACACCUGGCUUUUCGAGUAAAGUUGCGGAUAAUUCCUUUGGAGACGAGGAUUUUCUUGGCGAGGAUGGAGAGGAUCUCCUCGGCUUGGAUGUUGCGAGUGUUGCGGGGGAUGAUGAUGCUCCUGGAAGAGUCAAGACGAGGGUGGUGUUCCAGCCCACAUUUGAUAUGGCUCAUACGAUAUACUAUCGGGGACAUUUGUUGAGGGUGAAGAGGAGUAGGAAGAAUGAUGGUUGCGAGUUGUUGAGUAUUAGUGUCGUCGCCCGUUCGAACACGAUCCUCAAACAGCUUGUCUUGCAAGCCAAACGGGAAUACGAAGCUGAGGCUAUCCACCGUAUCCAGAUCUACUUUGCUGAUUCCCAUGGGAGUUGGCGGUGGACGGACUCGAGGCAUAAGCGGCCUAUGGGUUCGAUUGUUCUUAACCCUGGUGUGAAGGAGAUGUUGUUGUCCGAUACCAAGGACUUUUUGGCUAGUGAGAAGUGGUAUGCAGACCGUGGCAUUCCCUUCCGAAGGGGUUAUCUUCUCCAUGGGGUUCCGGGGUCGGGAAAGUCCAGUUUGAUUCAUGCUAUUGCUGGCGAACUGAUGUUGGAUAUCUACGUCGUUUCCCUUUCCUCCUCUUGGAUUAGCGAUAGCACACUCACCACCCUGAUGGGUCGUGUACCGGCGAGGUGUAUAUUGCUGUUGGAGGACUUGGAUGCUGCAUUUACGAGGAGUGUGACUAGGGAUGAGGAGAAGGAUAAGAAGAAGGAUAAGGACUCUAAGGAUUCGAACAACAACGACAACUCUGGUUCGAGUGGGUCCUCGGGGAGAAGUCGAAGGAGGAGAGACGAUCAGAUGAGCGAUACUAAUACGUUGAGUUUGAGUGGCCUUUUGAACGCGCUUGAUGGUGUUGCAGCUGCUGAGGGCAGGAUUUUGUUUGCGACGACAAACCACCUCGAACGUCUUGACCCUGCACUCUCUCGUCCAGGUCGUAUGGACGUUUGGGUCGAGUUUAGGAACGCAUCCAAGUGGCAAGCUGAGGCGCUCUUCCGAAACUUCUUCCCUAGUGCGGAGGAUAAAGAGUCUUCUAGGAGUUCAUCUAGAUCGUCCAGAAGUGCUUCUGUGGCUUCGAACACUACCACUACGGACGGCUUCUCUCAGUCUUCGUCGAGGCCGGCCAGUAUGGUUGCUCCUCCUGACGAAGAAGUUGCGCUGACGAAGGAAGAAGAAGACGAGCUUUCAAAGUUCGGGAUUCAACUUCCUAGUCCUCCAUCUGAGAUUUCGGUUUCGCCGACUCCUUCUACGAGUUCUUUACCAGGACGAUCGACGUCUGCCUCGCCUGCGCCACCUCACCCGCUUACGAUGACAAUGACAGCGGAACAGACGACGAUACCACCACCUCCACGAACGACGUCAUCAACCUCGUUCUCUUCGUGGUCGUUCAUGGGUUCGUCGCCUCCUGCUACACCUUCGUCUACGAUAUCGUCCAUUUCGUCUGCGUUGUGGUCGCUCCCCAGUUUAGCCUCUAGUACGGCUUCGUUGUUGUCUGGUGGUGGUGGUGGCGGUGCUGCCCACAGUGCUGCCACUGGUGCUGCUGUUGUACCAGGAAGAAAUAAAACGCCCAAAGCUCUCCAACACGCAAAGUCACCGUCAUCAGCUGCUUCAUCUCAAUUUGGAGCCAACAACCAAUCUUACCUCCCUCCACCGGUGGAAGAAACUAUUGCGAAAGCCGCGCAUUCCGCGAAGCCUCUUGAUAAAGACACGCUUAACCGGUUAGCGAGGAAGUUUGCGGAUGCGAUACCGGAAGAGGAGUUUUCUGUUGCGGCGCUGCAGGGGUAUUUGUUGAAAAACAAGAGUAGGCCUGAGGAAGCUGCUGAUGAGGCGAUGGGGUGGGUUUUGGAGGAGAGGAGGAUUAAGUCCAAGUUGGAGAGGGAGAAGGAGGAGAGGAAGGUUAAGAGGGAGAGGAGGAAAAAGGAUCGGGAGGAAGAGGAGACCAAGAAGGAGAAAGAGGAGGAGAGGAAGAAGAAGGAAGAGGAGAGGAAGAAGGCGGAGGUGGUGGUGGACGUGAUGGCGACGCCAGCAACAGCUGAAGUGCUAGCAGCAUUGGAAACUGUGUCAACCACGACGACGGCGGUGGCGGCUUCGCCUUCGCCUUCACCGCCGCCAGCAGACACGAUAGUGACGACGACGACGACAGAACCGGUACCAGCGGCACCGGCUCCAGUUCAGGCCGAACCUGCUGUCGUUUCUCUUCCUGAGACACCUGAAGAGAGUGAUAGCGAGAGUUCCUCUGAUGAUAGUGACGAAGAGAACUUACCGCCUGGUGUUAGGUCGAGGGCUGUCAGGGCUAAUCCACCGGUUAGGUCGUCAGGGUGGGGUGAUGGUUGGACUAUGGGCGAUGGGUGGAAUUGACUAGAUGUGGGUGAGAGUUUGGAUGGUUCGAUGGUUUUCGUUGCACCUAUCCCACUCGAGGCCCCUCCUACAGAGCCUUCUACGCCUACGCUAGAUAUUCCUUCAACGUCACGUGCUUCUACGUCCUGUGCUUUAUCGUCAACCUCUACCCGACCUACCUCACCACCACCACCACCGCUUACGCUUACAACGAGACAAGUGGGCGGGCUCACUCGACUCGGCGGGCACUAUCCAAUUCAGCUGUGGUAUGCGGUGUUGAUGCAGUUUAUAGUUUCUCUGUUUACAUGAAAUCAAAUUGCCCCUAGUUCUCGUUUUCUUUGUACAAGUCUUCCAAAAAUCUGCCCACUCCAUCCCCCUCAUCAUUUUGCAAUCUUUUUCUUACUUUCUCAUGGAUUUCUCAUUCGCGUUUGAUGCCUCUCCCCCCCCACGCCACCCCAAUUCAUGGACACCUCUUCCCCCUCGUGGUUAUACUCCCUUUGCUUUGCUUGCUCGAAAUUCGUGUGUAAAAUAAUCCCUGCCCCCUGCCCCCUUCUUCGUCGAUAGUUGAUAUCUUCUUGCGAUGCGCAUACGCAUUUGUAUAUGGAUGACCCCCCCCCCCCAACCUUUUUUUUGGUCGAGUUGUAUAUGGAUCCUUCUCUCUUUCUUUACCGCAAUGAAUGCAUAUAUGAGUCCAUG